GGUCCCGCCGGUGCACCGGCCCCUCGGCUGGGCCGUGAGACGCCGGGAUCCGCCGCGGGAUCGGGCCUUGGCUCCGGGCGGGGCCGGCGGAACCGGCAGCGAGGUGACUGUUCCAAGAUGUCCCUCUGGAACCUGGUAUCCCACAUGCCACCGGAGGAGUUCAGCAGCCUUUCCACAGAGUUUCCCCGGAGUCUGCGCUGUCUCCUGGCCGAGUGGCUGGAGAACCAGCCCUGGGAGUUCAUCAAUGGCUCAGACGCCUUCUGCAGCAGCAUGGCCAGCAGGCUGCUCUCGGCCAUGCUGGAGAAGCUCCGCAGCGCUGCCGGCAGCGAUGGGCAGCAGAGCCAGAUCCUGCAGCAAGUCAGCAGCAUCGAGAACACCUUCCGUCGGGACCCUCUGCGGCUGGUGGCCGUCGUGAGAGCCAUCCUGGAGGGUGAGAAGGCGGCCGUGCUCAAACGGGACCACCACCUGCCCCUCAGCUUCCACCGGCGGCAGGAGGAGCUGAAGUUCAGCCUGGGGCUGCAGCGGCUGCAGCACCGAGUCCAUGAGAUCCAGGCACUCUGCGACGAGGGGCCAGGGCGGGACGCGGCCGUGCAGGGCACCAUGGCCCCCAGGGAACUGCCCACCCUCAUCCUGGAGGCUGUGAAGGAGCUGGAGGCAGCCAAACAGCAGGUGCUGAAGAGGAUCCAGAUCUGGAAGAGACAACAGCAGCUGGCAGGGAACGGGGCCAUCUUUGAGGAGAAUCUGGCACCGCUGCAGAAGAGGUGUGAGAGCCUGGUCAAGGUUUACUUCCAGCUGCAGGAGCAGGUGAUGGCAAUGAGCAGCGAGCCUGACCUGCUGUCCCGGCUCCUGGAGCGCCUCAACGAGGUGUUGUCCAGCCUGGUCAAGAGCUCCUUCCUGGUGGAGAAGCAGCCCCCACAGGUGCUGAAGACUCAGACCAAGUUCCAGGCAAUCGUGCGGUUCCUGCUGGGCCCGCAGCUGCUGAAGGCAGCGCCCAAGCCCUACGUGGUGAGGGCUGACAUGGUGACAGAGAAGCAGGCACGGGAGCUGGAGCUCAGCAACUACAGCAACAUCCUCAGUGAGAGCACAGGGGAGAUCGUGCACAACACAGUGGCCCUGGAGACCAACCCCACCAGCGGGACCUGCUGCGCCAACUUCAAGAACGUGCUGCUGAAGAAGAUCAAGCGCUGUGAGCGGAAGGGCUCUGAGUCGGUGACAGAGGAGAAAUGCGCCGUCCUGUUCAGCACCAACGUCAUCUUGACCCCCAGCAACGUCUCCAUCCACCUCCAGGUCCUGUCUCUGCCCAUUGUGGUCAUCGUCCAUGGGAACCAGGACAACAACGCCAAAGCCACCGUGCUGUGGGACAACGCCUUCUCCGACAUUGAGCGGGUGCCCUUCGUGGUGGCCGAUCGAGUGCCCUGGGACAAGAUGUGUGACACCCUGAACCUGAAGUUCAUGGCAGAGGUGCAGACCACCAAGGGGCUCCUCAAGGAGCACUACUUCUUCCUGGCCCAGAAGAUCUUCAAUGAUCACAGCACCAGCCCUGAGGACUUCCAGGGCCGCCAGGUCUCCUGGGCCCAGUUCAACAAGGAGAUCCUCCCUGGCCGGGGCUUCACCUUCUGGCAGUGGUUUGAUGGAGUCCUGGACCUCACCAAGAGAUGCCUCAAAAGUUACUGGUCAGACAGGCUCAUCAUGGGCUUCAUUAGCAAGCAGUACGUGUGCAAACUGCUGAGCAUGGAGCCGGACGGGACCUUCCUGCUCCGCUUCAGCGACUCCGAGAUCGGGGGCGUCACCAUCGCUUACGUCAUCCGGGGCAAGGACGGCUCCAGCCAGGUGGAAAACAUCCAGCCCUUCUCUGCCAAGGACCUGUCCAUCCGCUGCCUCGGCGACCGGAUCCGGGACCUGGGGCAGCUCCGUAACCUGUACCCCAACAUCCCCAAGGACCAGGCGUUUGGGAGUCACUACAACAAAGAGCAGACAGGCAAGGACGGCCGGGGCUAUGUCUCCACUGCCAUCAAGAUGACUGUGGAAAGAGAAAGGGACCAGCAGCCUCCAAGCACCGUGGGGGCCCCUCCCGAGGCUCCCCAGACACCGAUGUUCAGCCUGCCCGUGCUGCAGCACGAGCUGCACCCUGAGAGUCUGCAGCCACUGCUGGCCCCCAUCUGCCCCCCCACUCCAUUCUGCCCCCAGCCCAUCCCCACAGGCUACCCCACUGUUGAGAGCAAUAUCAUGAUGGUCCCAAACAGGCUCACCUCCCCAUUCCACAGCCCAUCACCGAUGGUCUCGCCUCCCUCGCUGUCCCACUGCCAGGACCCUGCCUUCAGGCCCCCCGGACCCUUCAUGCCCAACCAGUACAUGCCCGGGGAGGUCUCGCAGCUGCUGCCCGCGGGUCCCUCUGCGGAGCCGCAGGACGAGGAGAUGCCCGAGCUGCCCCCGUUCCAGGCCGUGGAGGAUGCCUCGCUGCAGAGCCCCUCGCGGUGGAUGUCACCCGGCAUGGAGCAGUCAUCAGCCUCGGAGUUGGAGCAGCUCCUGCAGGAGGUGCCCCUGCUGCCCCCCUUCACGCCCCUCCCGCAGCACAGCGGGUACCCCAAUUCCAGCCUGUCCUCCUGGGGGCUGGGGGAGCCGCGGUGGGAUGACAGCAUCCGGCCGGGACACGCGUGAGGGGGCUGCUGGGGGGGAGCAUCGGACUGGGACCCCCCCCACUCCCUCCCAGCCUUGCCUGGGUUCAUGGACUUGAUACGACUCCUGCAGGGAUGGAAACUCCAGCUGGGAAAGGCGGGGUUGGGGGGAUUUGGGGUAACCCCCGCCCCCCCCACACUCCGUGCUUUGCUGCCCGCCCCCGCCGCUGCCGGGGGUCCGCGGGUGAGGGGGUGCAGGCACAGGGGCCCCGUCCUGCGUGGGGG